AUGGAGUCCAGAGGGAAGUCGAGCAGCAGCCCCAAGGCCGACACCAACAAGGCUGCUGCUGAGGCCAGAGCACCCACCGCCGCGGACGGGAAAGCCCCCUCGGCUACGCCAGGGAAGAGGGAGGCGCAGGUGGAGAAGCAGGAGCCUCCAGCGGCCCCCGCCCUGCCGCCUGCCAGCCAGGCAGGCCCGGCCCCCCUCAGCAACCACAGCCGCGUGACGCCGGCCCCCGCAGCCCCCAGCAGCCCCGCUGGAGCCCCCGAGCCCAAGGGUCCUGGGGAUGGAGCUGAGGAGGGCGACGCCCCCAACGGGGGCCCAGGGGGCCAAGGCCCCUGCCCUUUCGAGAACCUGACCCCCCUGUUUGUGGCUGGGGGCAUGGCUGUGGCAGCGGCAGCCCUGAUCCUUGGUGUGGCCUUCCUGGUCCGAAAAAAAUGA